GCGACCUAUAAAAGAGGGCACGAUGCCAUCAGUCAUCAGUUCAGUUUGAGGAUCAUGAAAUUCCUGACGGUCUUUGCAUUUGCCUGUGUGGCCACAUUUGUGGUGCUCCACGGCGCCUACGGCUCUCCACUGCCGGAGCCCGUUCCCGUUCCUGAACCGAGUCCCGUGGCCGAACCCAAGCCCAAUGGCGAUCCAGCUGCCAAUCCUGGAACUGCAGCCAACCCAAGCGGAGGACCAGCUGAGAAGCCCAAGCCAAAGGCUGACGAGAUUCCCAAUGCCGUGCCACCGGCAUCUCUGCGGACCUCCGCAAUUGAUGACAACUUGGUGGUUCCGCUGCUAGAAGCUGCUCCCCAAAAGCAGGACGAAGUUCAGGCCGAGCCCCAACAGGCUUAGUGGGCGGAUGACCCCACACCAAGGAGCAGCAGCAGCAGCUUAAUCCAACUGGAGCCUGCGCACCCGCACACAAGGGAGACACACACACACAUAUAUACUAAUCUCCUGUAUUUAAUGUAUGCAUUUAUGUAUUCCAACUUCAAGCAUGGGCAUUAAAAAAUUGCAAAAAAAAUUA